AUGGCACUAAUUGGAAUUUAUUUUUUUCCUACUUACUGUCGCAAUAACAAUAAGAUCAGCCGUGUUCAACAAAAGAACUGUACACACCAAAUAGUUGUCAACAUGUCGACAAGGCUGAGCAGAAGAACCAUGUUUUUCAAUGUUUUAACACAUUAUCCUGGUCAAAACCACAGAAAAACACUCUUCAACAAUCGCUCAUAA